CGAAGGUUUGGGUUCUACCAUCCACGCUCUUGCGUAGCGGUGUCUGGAAUAGUCUUUCAAUCCCCCUUCGCGCUGAAAAUGGCGAUGUUUGGAGGUGUGCACCGUUGCUUGGAAGACUGUUGCCGUAUUUUGGACACCUAUUACUUGUCUGAAGUUCACGAGACAUCGUUUACUUCGGAAUUAGGAUGAUUACGAGAUGUUAGACUACACCAAACUGGGUUCAGACAGUGUUUCCAUGGAAACACAGGGCUUCAUGCCAGACAUGCAGCCGCUGAAUCCUGGUCGUGUUCAGCAAAGCUCUCCGGUGCAGCAAAACGCUGUCCAGACCACGACAUCGCAGGCUGUGCAGACGCAGGUUGUAACGUCUGGUGGCGGUGCACAGGUGUCGCCGGCGUCACCAUCUUCUCAGACAAGUGCCCAAACGACUGUGGUGCAGGUGUCCACCACAAAUGGAACACCGCAGUUCAUCGCCGUUGCAGUGGCUGACCCGGAGGUGCAGGGUCAAGCCACCGUCACCCUCCAGCCCACCCCCGCCGUCCACCCGACGUACGUCCAGUAUGUCGACGGUUCCGGCGAUCCAAACCUUUACACAACCACCAACGGCCAGAUGAGCGGCUACCCAAUGUACAGCGUGUCUGACGGAGGCAUGUACACCCCUUCAAACGCUGCCUACUACAGCACGGCCAGCGGGACCCCUGUCACCUACUCUCAGACACUGGAGGUGGCGGAAGUUUCGUUUCUAAGCUCAAAAACCGAUGAGCAACGCAAGGUAGCCGACCUGAUGUCUGCCACCUACCCGAGCGACCAGUGCGUUGUGCAGACGCUGCACGAGGCAUCCCCUCUGACAGCACAGGCAGCCCCGGCCACCCCAACCCAACAGCAGUCCCCGUCUUCGGGGGGAGGUGGAAGCCAGCACCAGAACAUCCGAGAUAUGGACAUCAUACAUGUUCAAUGGCUGAUUGACAACUAUGAGACAGCGGAGGGCGUGAGCUUACCACGAAGCACCCUGUACAACCAUUACCUUCGCCACUGUGCCGAGCACAAGCUCGAACCCGUCAAUGCAGCUUCGUUUGGCAAACUCAUUCGCUCAGUUUUCCUUGGUCUGCGGACAAGACGGCUCGGAACCAGGGGGAACUCAAAGUAUCAUUACUAUGGCAUCCGCGUGAAGCCCAAUUCCCCGCUCAACCAAAUCUCCGAAGAGGUGACGACAACGGCGCUGCGCCAACAGUCAGUCGGCCAGGCAAAAAGGUUUCGUCCAAGUGGCGGCAAGGGGACUUCCGAAAACCACGACAGCGGGUCCGUGGGGACUCCGGCCCCAGACUCGUCGAGUGGGUCCCAACCCACUGCAGCCACGCAGCAGCACCAGCAGUACCUCGGGGACGCUUCGUCAGCUGUUCCUGAACUGGGAGACCUGGACUUUGGGACGGCUCCCCUGCUCGAUGGGGUGCGGGAGAAAGAUCUCGAGGACUUUAGUCUCCUGUACCGCGACCACCUGGAGGCCUUCCUCGAAGCCGUGAUGAAUCUUCAGUUCUCUGCAAUAGAGUCACUUUGGCAGAGCCUAUGGAGGCAACAGGGUAGCGACCAUGGGGAGCAGGAGAAGGUGAUGAGUAAAUCUAAGCUGUUCCUGCUUUGCAAAUGCAAGCAAGUCCAGACGUUUGUCCAGAAGGCUGACUACCAGUUCUACCAGAACCUCGUCGACGUCCUUAUUCCUGAUGUUCUUCGGCCGAUACCGAGUUCCUUGACUCAGGCCAUCAGAAACUUUGCAAAGAGCUUGGAAGGAUGGCUGACUAAUUCCAUGCAGGGCUGCCCAGAAGAGAUGGUGAAAGUGAAGGUGGGAGCCGUGAGUGCCUUUGCCCAGACGCUACGUAGGUACACCUCACUGAACCACCUGGCCCAGGCGGCUCGUGCCGUUUUACAAAACUCGUCCCAGAUCAACCAGAUGUUGGCCGACCUGAACAGGGUCGACUUCCACAAUGUCCAGGAACAAGCCUCGUGGGUGUGCCAGUGUGAAGGAAGUCUGGUGGAGAGGUUGGAGCAAGACUUCAAGUCCACACUACAACAGCAGACUUCCUUAGAACAGUGGGCAGCUUGGCUGGAUGGCGUCGUCACGCUCGUCUUAGAACCAUUUCGUGGGAAGCCAGACUUCCCAAAAGCUGCAAGGCAGUUUCUUCUCAAGUGGUCCUUUUACAGUUCAAUGGUGAUUCGUGACCUAACGUUGCGCAGUGCUGCCAGCUUUGGGUCAUUCCACUUGAUCCGUCUGCUCUAUGACGAGUACAUGUUCUACCUGGUCGAGCACAAGGUCUCUAAAGCCACUGGGAAAACGCCCAUUGCUGUCAUGGGAGAGUUCCUAGGGAUGGGACCUAAACAGUCGACUGGAGAAGACUUCGAGAACGGCUCUGACGGAACAACAUCGUACACAAACACUAACGGCUGGCCCCCAACGGGGCUCAUCGGCCAGCCACAAGUUGCGGAGCUACCCAUGGCCGAAAUGGUGUCCGUGUCGCCAGCCAAGAAGCUGAAAAAUGUCUGAGCAGCUUAGGUGAAAACGCCCGCAUCUCGGCUACGCGCUGUUUCUGUUUUGCGUGAAAUGAACGCCGAGCUAGUCUCGUGUGCCGCCGAGUUACGGCAAGCCAUGUAGUCACCAUUUUUGUUCAAUCUCAUAAUUGUUUUCCUGCAAGAGAGAGAGCUUUCAGGGGCCUCGUAGUUGAGAAAGAAUUACAGUUCGCGCAUUGAACCGUGUGCAUGUGAUGUGCCGCAGGUUUCAAGCAUGUUAACUUAUCACUCUAGGUUGUCUGGAACAUCUGGAACGUAUCAGUGUAAUCCAACAACUAUAUUUUUGUAAAACACCAAAGCUAAUCUCGAAGCUAAUCUAUGUCGGGCAACAGAAAAUGUGUACUAUUUAACUCUUCAUCCGCGCAUACUCACAUAUGCACUCAUUCGCAGUCUGACAGAGAUGUGUCCUAACAGGGUUUGGACAAGAGUCCACGUGAUCGCAACUUCGUAUUAAUGCUCCGUAGGCACUUUACCACCGUUCCAACGUUCCAAUUGCGCAAAAUAUUAGUGUACUCGUAGCAUUUUUGUCUGCAUCUGCUGCACAGAUAAGUACUAAACCUAUCUGGCUGAAAAACAUGGCACAGUAGUGGCUAAGGUAGUGUAAAGAAUAGAACCCGGAUUAUUGAAUAGGUAGAUCUUUCGUACCUGAAACUCACAGGUAGCGACGGCCCAAGAGCAAAGGCGAGAUGCGGGCGCACCACUGUGCUUGUUCCGUUCUCGACUCUGUGGAACAUGUAUCUCAUGCGCUGCAGCAAGAAACGUUGUUUGCCUUGUAAGUAAAUACAAUAUAUAUAUAUAUAUAUAUAAAUAUAUGUAGAGAGAGAUCUACACAUGCUGCACUAACACAGCACAGCCUGGAAUCUUGAGUGAUGCUGCAAGCAGUGCUCUGUAGCAAAGCGUAUUUCAGUGGCACUUUGUUCAACCAUGAUUGAUGCCAAUUGAUUUAUUAAUACUUAGGGCCUGACUUUUUCGGGUUUUAUUUUUGGCCAAAUUCGGGGGGUAAAUAUCGGGUGAUAUUUUUCGUUUGAAAAUUCGGGUGUGUUCGGGUUAAAUCCAGUUACGGCAUAUUCUGUCGUCAGGAAUUCGGGUGAUUUUUUUAUUUUUUUUAAAUAAAACACUGUCUUAACAUGGAACUAAUGUUUAGCAAUGUUAUUAAGCUUUAUUUUAAUGCACGCUUAUGAGUGUGCCACGCGACCCGGAUGUUUUCGGGUAGAUUCGGGUUAAACCCGAAUUUUACACAUUUCGUUCGGGGGGUAAAUAUCGGGCAGAUUUGGGUUUAACCCUAAAGAGUCAGGCCCUAUUAAUACUUUGUUUUUACACGUUUUGCUCAUUGACCACAUAAAUUAAAUGCACUCAAUAAAGUAGCCAAAACAUUUUGUGUUUGCAUGCGGUAAAACUUCACCGCGGUCACAAGGCCACCUCCUUUUUGGGGUUUCAUACUUUGAUGGCAAGCAAGCAACAACAUUCGUUCAAUUGUAAAUCUGAGGAACUCUUGCUUUACACCACCUGAGUUACCUUUAGUUAUUUUUCUUACUUCAGUGAGGGGUUUGCAUACCCCUUUUGGUCUGUGUACAGAGCUAGCAGAGCAUGCUUCCGGCUUUACCUCACUUUUGAUUAUCACGCAGUCACUGUUAAAUGACUCUGUUGACUGCCUUGUCAGAGAAAAUAUUCAAGUGCCAUUUUUAUGACUCCUGCCUUGAAUGCUGUCAGAAGGCUUGGCUUUUAAGUGUUGAUCGUGAAAUCAAAAAGCACUACUUUGAUAUACAGAGUCAUAAAAUGCCUGUGCAUCACAAACAUCACUUAAGCACAUGUAAAGCAUCAUCCUAAGCAAGGCAUCCCAGUAUGACACAACAUGUUUGUAAAACUCUCAAGUGACAUCUUGUUUAUUACAGUUUUUGAUUAGUAGCACUGUACCACAGCAGGGUUUGCUUACGAAAACACAAUACAGUAGAACCCCUUUGCAGUAGGUUAGUUGGAACUAGCUCAUAGCUUUACUAUAUUUGGAGCAUUAUUAUGCCAGGAACAUAUUAAACGUUGUGGUGCAGAAUGGUAUGCUUAUUAGGCCUAGAGUAAAGCAGGAAACCAUAGGAAACCAUACCCAUCAGACACCUGAUGGCAGCUGUCUCUAAGCCGCACUGUAUGGUGUUCAUUUCAGCUUUCCCUAUUUUUGCUUUGCUGUCAUGACAUCACCUCAUUGGUGCUGUGCAAAGUGCAAGAGUUGCUCCAGUCUUUGCCUUGCCAGCAACUGCCUUGCAUCAAGGCUCAUCUUAUAAAGGAAGGCAAUUUUAUACACCAAGAUUGAUGACGAGAGGUUUGGCACUGCUUGCAUGCUCUCAUUGUCCCCCAAAACUUGUGUUGUGACUGGCAUAAACAGCAUUGAGUCAACUUGAUAGACAUGGAUAAAUAUGGAGCUACAAUAACAGGGUUCUACUGUAUAGUGUUUCUGUUUCGUCUUUUCUCUUCUGUCAUUACGCUUCGCCCAGUUGAUUGAAAGCACGUGAGAUUGAGAGUUUCCUACAGAGAACAUUAAGCACAAGGUUUCACCCUAAGCAUCAGAGAAAAUGGUGCUGUAAAAAAACUGUCGCCACCAUAACAGCCGUAACCCAAACAUUUUGCUUCUGUCGUGCAAAGCUUUGUUCUUGUGGUUCUGUUUCUGUUGUAGCAAAUACACUGAUCCUGAUGCUGUUGUCUUUCAUGUGCAUAUGUUCGUUUUCGCCAGCAGACAGUGUGGUCAGUAACAAAUAUAAUUAUUUGUACAGAUGCAUCCCAGGUAUCGGAAAUGAAAACCCUCCAAGCAACAUAUCAUUGGAUUGCUCACAGCAUCUCAAAUGCCCGCCAGUGCUUGCCUUAACUGGAGAUAUACUUAGUAGGGUCACUUAAAAGUGGGAAAUACAUGUAGCAACGUUAUUUACUGCCCUAGAUAAUGCAUUCAAACUUAAUGGUUCAGAAUAACGGUUCAUUAAAUUUCUUUUGCAUACCUCGGCAAUAUGUAGGUGACAAGGUACUUGCGAUUGUAUCCGUACAAAUGGCCGCUUAAAAUCCAUUUCAUUGCUGUAAACAUAACAUAACAACAGCCGUCACAUAACAUAACAGUCACCGACGAGGUCUGUUCAAGGGUUUUAGGCGUACCAAUGAUUAACUGAGCCUUCUCUCCUUGAAAAGGCCCUGUGUAUACCCCUUUUCCCACUUCUCCAGGGGGCUUCAUUUCUGGAAAUAGAUGAAGUAAGCAAUGGCCAUACUUAGAGAACACUGAGGAUAAGGAAAAACAUGCUUGUUGAUUUCUUUUAGACAAACGUUGCAAAUGGGCACCUCUGCAUUGCCAGCAUUGAGAAGGCACACAUCAUCUCUCCACUCUUCUGUUUAUCUGUAGCCCGUGAAGGUCACCAAUUUAGAGAAUCACAAAACAUGCUCAAUGUGGUGUCGGGCUCGUGAAGAUUGAAAGCCAAAAUAUGUAAUGCUAUGUUAAGGUGACAUCACGAAGGAACACACAGCACAUGUAAGAAAUAAGAUAGGAUUUGGAAGAUACAUGAGCAGACCUCGAACAGCAGCCUCACUUUGAGUGUGGUACUGAUAUCAUGAGGAAAUUUCCUCGAGUUUGUCUUUUAUUUCUAACCACGUAAACCGAGUCUUUAGUUCCGAUAGCUAUAAUAUUUUUUUUUUAAACAAGAUUCAGUUUAUAAUAUGCCAGGGGACAACAGUUGCAUAAAUUUCUUUACAGUGAAUGAUUUCAACCUCGAAACCCAAACAAAAUGUGUCUUCAUUGAAGGGUUCCACAGGUUACUUACUGUCUGCCCGGAGCCCUACCGUCUAUGAUGGCACAUUGACACGCAUUAUUUGUGUAUCUCAAGAGUGCUUAUGACUGUUAAUGAGACUUGUUCAUCCAAUAAUAUUCAGAGUGUUCCCUGAAUAUCUAUUUUUAUGCUAGUCAGAGUUUCACGUUGCAGUCAGACAUUUUGCAGGGUUCAUUCAAUGAGACGUUUCGCCGAGAAAUGCGAACGCAUGGCACACAUGCACAAGCAUUGCUUUCUACCGCGGUUUCUGCAUAUAAGUUGCACACGUUCUCCGCUGCCACAGGGCGGACGUCGGCUCGUAUCAAAAUGUUAUUUUUGACGCAGCUCGAAUUUUAUGUGGAGGUGCUUUUUACGGUGCAAUUAUUACCUGUAUUUUACGCGAGUGUGAAAAUUAAUUUUGUCAAAUAUUUAUGAUGCCCAAUGAGACAUGAAUGUUUUUCCCGUGAAAUAAAAAUAAAGCCGUCGUAAACAUGG